GAAAGCAUUACGACCGAGCAGAUCAUUGCCAGGCGAGAAAAACGGAGGCGGGAGCUUGAAGUGAAGGCGACAGGGGCGCGGAUAGUGGGCGAGGACCAUGUGAAUUACAUUCUGGCGUACAAUAUGCUGACUGGAAUCCGCGUCGCUGUUUCGCGGACGACUGCGAAAGUCGACCGGGAGUUGACUGAUAAUGAUUUUACUGCGAAGCACAAGUUGGCGUUUGACAUAAACGGAAACGAACUGACACCGUCUGCGAAAUAUGAUUUCAAAUUCAAAGACUACGCGCCAUGGGUGUUUCGGCAUCUACGGCAGCUGUUCAGGCUUGAUCCCGCGGACUAUCUGAUUUCGCUGACGUCAAAGUACAUUGUCUCCGAACUAGGCUCACCCGGCAAGAGUGGCAGUUUUUUCUAUUUCUCGCGAGACUACCGGUUUAUCAUCAAGACGAUCCACCACGCGGAACACAAGUUUCUGCGAAAAAUUCUAAAGGAGUAUUAUAACCACGUGAAGGCGAAUCCAAACACAUUAAUUUCGCAGUUUUACGGACUUCACCGGGUGAAGCUGCCGUACGGACGCAAGAUCCAUUUUAUCAUCAUGAACAACCUGUUCCCACCGCAUCGGGAUAUCCACCAGACAUUUGAUCUGAAAGGCUCGUCGAUCGGGCGCGACUACGACGAAUCGAAGCUUGCGACGAACAAGAACGCGACGAUGAAGGAUCUGAACUGGCAGCGGCGGGAUAAGCAUAUAUCGCUCGGACCCCGGAAGCGGGAACUGUUUAUCAAGCAACUGGAGAUUGACGUGAAGUUGCUUGAGCGGCUGCAUAUUAUGGACUACUCGCUGUUGAUUGGGAUUCACGAUAUUCAAAAGGGUAAUACUGAGGGUAUUAGAGAUAGUACAUUGACUGUGUUCCAGCCGGAUACGCAAAUGCUUGACCGGACGCCGUCGAAGAUGGAGAGAGAUAGGCGGGUUAGUUUGAGGAGGGCGUUUUCUACUGCCAAUCAGGCGUCUGCUGAGCAGGUGCUGAAUGUGCUUCGGCAGGAUGAGUAUCCAGGACGCAAGAACUUCAUUUUCUAUGCAGAUGACGGUGGUCUGCGGGCGACGAACGAGCACGACCUCCCGCUGAACGAGAUUUACUACCUCGGGGUGAUUGACUGUUUGACAAACUACUCGCUGGUGAAGAAGCUCGAGACGUUCUGGAAAGGGCUGUCGCACUCGCGGGAAAAGCUAUCUGCGGUGCCACCGGUUGAAUAUGGCGAGCGGUUUUUCAAGUUUAUCUCGUCGAUCGUCAAGACGCCGGAGCAGGUGCAGAUGAUGAAGGCCGCUGCGGCAGCUGCGAAGAGUAACCGUGGGGGCAAUCGUCGGCAUAGCGGGAUUAUCGCUGCAGCGGUUGCAGAGGACGAGAAUGUGGCGGAAGGCAGUCAGGGGAAUAGUAGUACUGCGAUUGAGAUAUUAGAGAUGCGAGAUGCUUGA